UGGGCCUCAGCCCUGUUUUCUGGGGUUUUGUUUUUACCUUGUCUCUCAGGGUGGCCUGCAGAGGAGGGGCAGGAGCAGGAGCAAGAAGAAGAAUGCGGCUCUAGCAGCGUGUGGAGACUGCCUGGAUUACCUGAAGGAGACCUGGAACCUGAUUUCUCUUCUGCAAAGCGUCCUGGGGACGGUCCCUGCCAACGACAGCUCCUACCAGCCCUUAGACCAAGACCCCCCUGACAAGGAGUACAAAAGAACAGCUGGCGGGCCUCCCCGGCCACACUGGGAGCACGUGGACAGCACUGCGCUGGCUCCUCUGACCAAGCACCUCCUGCCUCUGGCCUCCUCUCCAUCCUCAGGUCCAGCAGCCUCCUCAGUUCUGGCCUGCUUACCCCCUUCCCUCACUGCCUCUCAGUCACCAGGGCCCUUGCUUCCCCUACGAUCCCUGUCACCCCAGCCACUGGCAUUUCCCCUUCCCCCACCAUGUCCACCUGGGGCCUGCACAGUACCUCCAGCACCCUGCUCUACCCCACCACUGCCAGGCCCUGCUCUGACUCUUUCUCAGAGUGACUCAAUGGCCCUUCCACUGGAUGCCAUCACACGGAGCUCGUCCCCACCCAAGCACAUGCUGGCUUCUCCCAUCCCAGACAUCUCCAGCCUUAGCCACACAAGUUCUGCCAUCCCAGCCCUUCCUUGGUGGCAGCUGGCUGCCAGAGCCUUGUGCCUCACCACCUCAUCAGACAGCGAGUCCCAGAAGGGGCCUCUCUCCCACCAGCCACCAAGGGCCGUCUCCUUGGGAGUCUCCACCAGCAGGCAGAUGGAGGCUGGUAACCCCUCUCUGCACAGCUCUGAUGACCAGAACAUCCUGGGGAUAAAGGUCACAAGGAAAGUUGAGGUCAAGAUUUGGAAGGAAAAAGAAAAAGAUGGAACAUUUCUAGAACAAAUGAGCCCAGGAUACAAUCUCAGUUCUUUGAGGAAUAUGCUGAAUUCCCUGGGUGCCGAGCAGGACCUCACAGUCCCACAACCCUUCUGGGAAAUAAAGGACAAAGUGAAACAGCUGCUGGGGCCUCAGCAGCUCUCCUAUUCCAAGGUCCUGGGGGACCAUUUGCAGAAGUACAACCAGCUCUUCUGGGGUCUCCCCUCUCUGCACAGCGAAUCCCUGGUGGCUGCUGCCUGGAUCUCCCAGGGCGCUUCUGCUCUGCAGCCCACCUGCUUCUUGUUCAACAGAACCUCCAGUGUGUGCUCAGUUCAAGUGCAGGAUAAAAUGUCCCCCCUGCUUUCCCAGCCCCAGUCCCCACCCUUGAUUCUAUCCAUGUCCCAAUUCCAGCCUCAAACUCUGGGUCAGUUCCAGACCCAGGUCCACCUCCCAUCCUCUUUCCAAGCCCUGCUACCCUCUUCUCCACCUCACAUUAUGGACUGUGCAGCAUCUGGCCCUACAUCCCAGAAUAAGCCACAGUCUCUCUUCCCAACUGAAUUUCAACACACACAAAUGCCCUGGAUUGGGAAACAACUGGGAUGUGGGUGGGCUUUGCCCUCAGAGGUCCAAAGACCUCAGGAAGUCUACAACAUCCUCCCGCCCCACCUCUCCCAAGACAACUGCCCGGACUCCAUCCUUCCCGAGAAUCUCCCAGUCAGUUCUGAGCUUCGGGAGCAACUGGAGCAACACAUUCAAAGGUGGCUCAUGCAAUCCAGGUGGGACCAGAUGCAAAAGUCUCUAGAACUAAUGCAACUUCGGGAAGAACUAGCAGGGACAUCUCAAGAAGUACCAGGGACAUGUCGGGCCAAGGACAAGCCCUGCCCCCCCCAGGCCUCCCUGUCUAUAGGUGACAGCAGCAGGGAUACACAGAAGGUGAGGUUCCAGCUAGAGAAGGACACAGGCAAGCAUCUGGGGCAUAUUCUAGGGAAGGUCCCGAAAGAUCCAUCCAAGGACUUGGAGGUCCUCCCAGGGAAGGUUCAGCAGGCACACACUCUGGAUUCAGUAAGUAACCUGUCGAAGCUGUUGAAGAGACGCUCAGAUAAUGACUUCUCAAGACCCGUGGACCAGAACCAACUAGGAAGCACGCUGAAAGUCCACUUGUGCCUGAAGUCGGGGCAGAUCCAAGAGGGCCUGGUCCCCUGGAAUGUGUACCAGUCCUGGCUCUCUAUCAAGAGCACUUCGUCCACGUCUGCCACCCACCUGGAAAGCGGAUCCCUGGCACUCUCCGAGAGCUGGGACACCUGCACGAGCACGUGCGCGAAGCUGCCCUUUCUCGAUGCGACCACUCAGCAGACCCUGGAAGACCAUAUUAUAAAGCUGUGGGUGAAGCACAGGUGGGGCCUACCCCUCAAGGUCCUCAAGCCCCUAAAUCUCUUGAAGAUGACAUCGGCUCCACCAUGCAUGACCCUUCCAGAAUUUGACGGCCCCUCCUCCUCCUCCCAGGUAUCUGGGGCCAGCUCAAAACCUGAGGUUGCCAAGAUCUUGGGGAAACCACCUCAGGCAUGUCCGAGAGGGCAGGCGCUAACUGAUGAGUCUGUUCCCACACUGGGCCAGGCAUAUCUGAGAGGGAAGGUGCAAAUUAAGGAGCCUGUUCCCACACUGGGCCAGGCAUAUCCGAGAGAGAAGGUGCUAACUGACGAGUCUGUUCCCGCACUGGGCCAGGCAUAUCCGAGAGGGAAGGUGCAAAUUAAGGAGCCUGUUACCACACUGGGCCAAGCAUAUCCAAGAGGGAAGGCACUAACUAACAAGUCUGUCCCCGCACUGGGCCAGGCAUAUCAGAGAGAGAAGGUGCUAACUGACGAGUCUGUCCCCACACUGGGCCGGGCAUAUCCGAGAGGGAAGGUGCUAACUGAUGAGUCUGUCCCCACACUAGAUCAGACAUAUCCCGCACUGGGCCAGGCAUAUCCGAGAGGGCAGGCACUAACUGAAGAGUGUCUUCCUGCACUGGGUCAGAUGUGUCCGAGAGGAAAGGCGCUAACUAAGGAGUCUGUCCCCACACUGGGUCCGGUGUGUCCGAGAGGGCAAGCGCUAACUGACGAGUCUGUCCCCACACUGACGAGUCUUCUCCUCAUCUCCUCACUUGCGGGUAAGGAAAGCGAGCGGGCCCUGACAGGGGUCCCACCCACUCAUGACCACAGGCUUCCAGAGGCCCCUCCAGCUCUACAGGAGAGCAGGCCGCCUCCUAAGACCCUCACACACAACCUCCUGGACAGAACCCUGCAGAGCAGGACUGUCCAGGGGACGGGGAAAAGCAGCGUCAAAGCCCCUGUACUGCCCAGAAUGUCCCCUGCCCAGUAUUUAGGGGAGCCCUGCCUUCAGGCAGAGGAUGCUGGCGAGUUUCAGCAGACAGCGGAGAUGAGUUUAGUGAGCCAGCCCCCAGUCUGCGCCCCUGAGGUAUGCCUUCCAGACUGUUCCACCAACACGGUCCCAGCGUCAGACAGUUUGGCUUCUCCAGAAUGUUGGCCUCCUCUCCAGAGCAAGCCUUUUAGGAAGUUGCCAGCACCAACACUAGUUAAUGUCUUGGCAGCCAGAAGGAGCAGCCUGGUGCCACCGAAGCCCAGGAUUCUCAGACACCAGCAGAAGCCCCACAGCAAGCUGUAUGCUCCUGCUUACAAGGGCGAGGACAGGAGGUGGCCCAGCUCAGGGAAUCAGAAAGAAAUGGAAGAACUGGGGACCUCCAAGCUCACCCAGGUCAGGGGAACAGAAGAAACGAAACAGGAUCCUUCUUCGGAUGGCUUCUUCCCAAGAACCUGGAGGCGCUUUCUUCAGUGGCUUUUCCCCGAGAAAAAGAAAAUCCAAGAGCAGGAAGAAUCCCUGAAAAGAUGCAGGCCUCCCUUAGCCUCUGCCCAGAGUCCACAAUCUAUCAAAGCCACAGCAAGUGACAACAGCAACAUCACAGAAGCCCAGGAGCUCAUGACAACCGUAGGAGAGAUGCUUGAGAAGAAAAUGGCUCUCCACCAUAAAUGCUGUGCCUCCAAGUUAAAGCAGCUCAGAGAGGAGCACAGCCCAGCCUCUCAGUUUCCCUGCUACCACAGGCCUCCCAUCUGCCCACAGCAAAGGGGGAUGUCUGCUUUUGCAGUUUCCCCCAAGAGCCAUAGCUACCCCAUCAGGCAAAGGCCAGACAGAAGCCAACAGUCACUGAAGCAUGUCCAAUUCAAUAGCCAGCAGUGGGCCCCAAGGCAUCCCCACCCCUGGCUUUCCAAAAAGGCUGGGUCCCCAGUCAGUCCCUCCCAGCAUGGGCCAGCAAUGCCAGGGCCCUCAGGCCACCCUCACCCCUGCCCUAGGCACCGUCCUCGUCAGGGAGGUGUCUUGUCUGCUCAACCAGCAAAUUGUUCUCCAGUCUCUUCUGGUAGGAAAACACGGCCCUGAGAAAGAAAUUUAGUCCAUGCAGAGAAAUAUUAUUUUUUCAUGUUAGUACA